AUGAAGUACCCUUGUGGCAACUGCCGUUCUAACUGUGGACGCAAUUCUAUAGAAUGUUCUGCAUGGCUCCACUGGAUCCAUAGAUUAAAUAAAGUACCAAGAUCCUCCAAACAAGAGCUGAUGGAUGCUGCCAGGAGUGAAAGUCUGUUGCUGGAGACUUACAAGAUAAGCCUGCCUGCUUGGUCAAAACGAGAACCUGGCAAUGUGACUGGCACGCCUGACACUGUAGCUGUUGGGGUGUUACAGCUGUUACACCCUGUGGUACUCGACACGCACGUGCCUCUGUCUGUGAUAGGUGAUGGAAACUGUUUGUAUAGAGCUGUGUCACGUGCACUGUACAACACAGAGGAACAUCACUUGUUAAUAAGACUCAAAGCAGCAUUGGAGAUUGCUAUGUAUCCCAGCUACUAUGACGUAGAGGAUCCACAUUAUGUCGACCAGGUGAAGGACGACAGGCUACUGCAUGACACAUACGAUGGAUUGCUGUCUUCUGCUGCUACCCCUGGUGUGCCUGCUGCAGGCAAGACGUGCAUGGCCGACAGUUGCACUGCAGACGGCAGUCAAGCUGAUUGUUGUGAUGUUCAAGUCCAGGUCAGCUUUGCCGACAGCAACGAUAGAGACAACAGUAGCAGUCACUGCAUUGAAGAAGGAACCUGUAAGAACAGCGUUGCCGAAAAUGAAGCAGUAAGCUUUAGGGAGAACAGUCUUGCCGACGACACUACCGACAGAAGCAGCGAUGACACAGAAGAAAGCAGUGACGCUACCCCAGCUGGUUGCAUUGCAGAAGGUGGCAAAGAACUCCCCAUUGGACCACAUGCAGCGCCAGCAUUUCUUGCCAUCGACGACUGUGUCACGUUAAUUAGGUCAACUAACAAAGACCAAGUUACCGAUUAUGUGCCAAGAGGUACCAAAGAAAACAGAUACUACUUGGUGAAAAACACAGACAAUCUUAAGCGACGAGAUGAGGGGAAAAUGAGCCAGUUUUGGGACGACUGCGGCACUUGGGCGAAAGGAGGUCCAACAACUAAGACGUUAUACCUGUGUCUACCCCUGAAAAAUCUCCAGAAAGUGGUUUUAAAGAAUGAGGUCUACUGCUGGGAAAGAACAAAGCAAAAGAAGACGGUGUACAUUCCUCUAGAACCACAGCCAGAUGACGAUCAUGUGCUCGUCGUUCAUCGUCGUUAUGUCAAGCAUUCCCUUUCAUCCUUAUAUGAGAAGAGGGUUACAUGGCUGGAAGUACAAAACAAUGAACUUGACAUUGCAAUUUAUGAAUAUAAGGGUACCUUCCCUGGCAGAGCUCCACACAAACAGUCACAUGGACAGAGUGAAUACAUAAGAACAAAGCCAUGCAUUAUAAAUACUAUUAAAGAAAAGGCUACAACUACCAAAGCCAAAGACAUUUACAAUGAUUGUGACAUCAUCAAUGGCCCUAGAAAUGUAAAGCAAGUCAGAGAUAUCAUAUACCAGAACAAAAAAGAAAAAAACCCAACCUCCACCAAACAAACCACUUUUGCUGACCAAAUGACUCUUCUAGAAGACCUACAAGUAACAACACCUUUCAUACAAAAGAUUUGUCGUCAUCAUGGGAAAGUACCUUGUGCCAUUCUCUACAAUGCUGAACAAAUAGCUGAUCUUAAGAGAUUCUGCUGCACGUCAGGGGCACUUACUACAGUUUUGGGAGUUGACAAGACAUACAACUUGGGGGAACUCCACGUCACUGCAACAGUCUUCAAAAACUUAGCUGUCAGAAGACGAUCCACUGACGACCACCCAAUUAUGGCGGGCCCGAUAUUUCUUCAUGGGAAUUCGGACACCGACACAUAUUUCGUAUUCUUCCAACAUUUGGCUGGGAUGCUAGUGGACACUGAUGUUCACCCUGUCCUUGGAAGCGACGAAGAGAAGGCAAUUCGUCUGGCUUUUCAAAAAGCCUUUCCUGGUGCUUCCAUGAUUUGUUGCACAAGACAUCUUAGAAACAAUGUCAAUGAGUUUUUAAAAGACAAAUCUGGAUGCAACAAUGCUACUCGAAAAAUCAUCACUGCAAAGAUUUUUGGAGAGGAAGGUAUCGUAGCUGCAGAUGAUGAUUUAUCAUGGGAGAUGAAAGUCGAGGAUUGCAAGAAACUAAUAACUGAUCAAACACCCAGCUUCCUAAGUACUUUAAUUCUCGCAUUGUCCCACUCCUGACUGAAAACUUCAAUACAACCAAAAAUCGUUCCUUGCAUAAAAUAACAAUGACCUGGACAAACAAUAAUUGCGAAAGCUUGAAUCGUGUCAUCAAACAAGCUAUUGAAUGGAAAGCUAAGAAGCUUAAUGAACUGGUGCUGAAACUUCAGGAUAUAGUCAGCGCACAAUAUAAAGAAGUAACUAGAAGUAUGCUGGACAUGGGAGACUUCCUUUUGGAUCAUGCCUACAUGUCAUUUACACUGAACAAGGAUAAAUGGUGUACUAUGACAUGUGCACAAAGAGAUGGACACAUGUGGCGUUUUCUUAAGAAACCCAAAGACUUUGACAAUAAAAUCAGCAGGACCGAGCAUGGACACAUGGCCGUUACGCCAAAACAUCGUGGAAAAAAACCAGGUCAAAGAAAACGGACAAAGGCUGUUAAAUCAACAUCAUGGAAUAAGAGAAUAAGGACUGUCAGUAAAUGUGACAGACAUUUAGACCU